UCUCUCUCUCUCUCUCUCUCUCUCUCUAUGGAGAAGCCAGAGUCCUCAAGCUCAAUGGCAGAGGCAGAACAAGAGCCAAUUUACACAGCUCAUCAUUUGACGAUUCCACUAGGAUUGAAUCAGUCCGAGUUGGAUGAGUUAGCUCCACUCAUCUCUGAGUUCCACACCUAUAGAGUCGGCCCAGGCCAAUGUUCUUCUCUAUUAGCCCAACGCAUAAACGCACCAAACGACAUCAUUUGGUCCAUAGUCCGUCGUUUCGACAAGCCUCAGACCUAUAAGCACUUUAUCAAGAGCUGCACCGUGGAGCCAGGUUUCACAAUGAGGGUGGGGUCCACCCGUGAUGUCAACGUGAUAUCCGGUUUACCGGCUGCCACCAGUACGGAGAGGCUCGACAUACUGGACGAUGACCGACAAAUCAGCGGUUUUACUAUCAUUGGCGGGGAGCACAGGCUUAGGAAUUACCGGUCGGUGACCACUGUGCAUGGAUUCGAACGCGACGGCGGGAUCUGGACCGUUGUUUUAGAAUCGUACGUCGUCGAUGUCCCGGAAGGCAAUACCGAAGAGGACACACGGCUCUUUGCCGAUACAGUUGUGAAGUUGAACCUCCAGAAAUUGGCAUCUGUCGUCGAGGCGCGUGAUGGUGACGGUAAAUCACAGGCAUUUGACUUGGAUGCCACGUGAUUUUCUUGUGGGGUUAGUCUUGUAUGAUCCGAUCCCACGGUAUGCUGUGUUGGAAAUUGGAAUUGUGAGUUUAGAAGGCGAAGGCAUUAUAGUCAAAUGGUCAUGUACAGACAUGUUGAGUUUUGAGCAAAACGUUGUCGUUUUAAAUAAAUUUUCCUUUUCCCUCAUAGUGCCUGAAUUUGUAUAAAAUCGGAAGGAAAAACGAAAGAAAGGUUUCUUCUGGUGGA